CUCAGUCUCAGCACCUGAGUCCAAGUCCAGACUCAGCUGAGCUUGUCGAAUAUUACAUGAUUUCAACCAGUCUCUGACUCAGUCUCAACGUUGAGCCUGAGUCCGAUUCCGCAAUAUUUAUACUUGCAUGAACGUAAGUGGCCAUUGUUUACUUUUUCAAGCGUUAUCGUUCUUGAACUUUGCUCAGAAUUUCUAGACGCAUAUUACCGAUGUAGUCAAAAUCAGAUACCUGUACAAUGCAAGCGCCUGAGUGACUUUCGGCUGUGUUUGAUGUAAAAUGUCGCUAGAAAAACAAAGGACGACCUGGGAUGAAAAAGAGCGACUGUGUGCCGUGCGGCUAGUGAUUGAACAGUACGACAUGUUAUAUGGAGGAUUUGCCGACGGAAUCACAUUCAAAGAAAAGUCGGGCGCCUGGAAUAAGGUGGCCGAUGACUUGAAUGCAUCAAGCAAUGUAAAGCCAACACCUGCAGAGGUUAAGAAAUUGUUCCAGAAUGUGAAAAGUAGAGCCAAGAAAAAGUAUAACGAAAAAAUCGCCACUGGUGGCGGUCCAGUUGGCAAGAUUACACUGGCAGAGGAAAUUGUCCUUGAAUUUCUCACGGACAAGCCCCAACUCAUAGGGAUCCCAGGAGGGAUAGAAUCUGGAGUGAUAGAGCCUGUGGAAGAUGCUGGCAGUGUUGCAGAUUUGGUUGUGCAACAAGCACCAAUGACAGAGAGUAAGCACAUCAGCCCGCAUCAAGAAACAGUGUCAGUUCAGGCCAUUGAACAUCCAAGUGUGUCCCAUGAACACCCUGAUGAACCCAGAGUGAUGCAGACAAAUACAAAGAAACUGAAACCAUUUGUCGUAGGAAGUGCAUGGAUAGGAUUGAGCUCACCGAGGAGCUUCAUGACCUUGAAGUUUCCCGAGCAAGAAAGGAGAUUGAACUUUUAGAUUUAAAAAUAGCUCAACAACGUGAACUUUUCCAAUUGAAAAAAUCUGUUCUGGAGAAUGCCAUGCGAAAUGCUAACAUGGAUUUCAACAUUACUUUUCCAGGAUUACGAAAUGAAAGUUACAAUUUUUCAUAAGAUCUCUUUUUGAAUGCAGUAUAAAUUGUUAAAGCUGCACUCUCACACAUUUACCAUUUUUACAACUUUUUCAUGUUUUGUCUUGGAAAGGACAAAUUUUUGCGUAUUUUUCUGCAAACAAGUGAUAUAAGAUUGCUCUCAAAAAAAUAAUUAGAUCAUUGAUUUCAAUAUUUCUGUUCAAAAAUUAAUAUUUCAUGGCUUAAAUGCAUAAAACAUCAAUUUUUGCACUUGAUUAUAAAAAUAUGCGAUCUAAUUUUUGUCAUGAAUCUCAUAUAACUGGUUUCCAUGGAUUUUCACAAAAAUUAACUCGUUCCAAGAUAAAAAAAUAAAAAACUUGUUCAAACUGUGACAGUGCAGCUUUAAAGAUCCACUCUUACUCCUAGAUAAUAUUUACCACACUCCAUGAUAUUGUUUUAAUAUUCCAAAAAGGAUGAAUAGAUGUCUAAAACAAUUUAUUUAAUGAAAGAUACUGAGUUUAAUUUGAAAGUAAUGAACAUUUAACAAGUUAUUUCUUCAUACUAAGUCUUAAGUAGACCAUAGUAAAUAUUUUAGCAUUCACCGAUCAUUUACCGUAAUAUCAAUUUGAGCUACUCAUUUGUUCUUCAACAUAUACAACAUGUGUUAUUGAGAUGGAAAUUAUCCUUUAUUAUUAAGUAUGUAGAAGUAUUUUCUCUGAUGAUGUAUCUAAAAUCAUUUUGAUGGAAAGUAUUUCCAAUCAAAAAAUCUUAUUUGUGUAAUAGAAAUAAGUCUACAUUAAAUUGUAAUACAUUUAUUGUUUCAACUUGAAUGUCUAGGUUAUUUUAGUCAUUGGUAUUAUAUGGGGUAUUAAUGUUGAUAUAUCAUUUCUUACAAUAAUUUCAUGAAGUUUUACUUUGUUCAAUACAACUCAAAAACAACUGAUGAAAAAUUGUGUAAAUUUGACCGAGUGGACUCAUGCAACAUUUUCAGAAAGAAUUACACUCAUGCAUUAUGAUGAACAAAAUGUGCAAAAUAACUGUUACAGUAAAAAUGAGCAGAGCAAAUUUUGCUAAAAUCAAUAUUGUGCUAAGCAAACCAUUACAAAAACAAAGAUGAGAAAUAAUGCUGAUAUAUUUUACAAAUCAAUAACAGAACUGUGAUGUGACAUAAACAGUAUACAUUCUUUACUCAAUACACACCAUGAAACUGAAUGUUACUGUUUAAAUGAUGUUGAAAAUAUCACUUUUUGCUUAUAAACUAUUGCAAAAGAGCAUAAAACAUCAAAAACAAUCUGUAACAAUUCAGAUAACAUAAUUGUAUAAUAUUGUUUUUCAUUUCAUUAUAAUAUCUGAUUGUUAAUGUUGUGUUAUUAUCAGUCUUCCAUUUGGUAAAGUUACAUAGUUAUAAUGAAUUGUUUGUUAAACUGACAUUAAUUGUGUGUUAAUGAAUAAGAAAUACAAUCAGUGAUAGAUGUUCAAAGUGAUCUCCACAACUUAAACUUUUGCCAUUAAAUGUAUAGCACAUGUUUUAUGUAGUUUCUCCUAUUGUUAAACAUGUUAAACAUGGACUUACAGCUACAUAAAGUAUAAAAGUUU